AUGCAGCCAACAGCAGCAGCAGCAGCAGCAGCAGCAGCUGACACUGCUGCUGCUGCUGCUGCUGCUGCUGCUGGUUACACUGAGGCCAACGCAGAGCUGCAGCUGUCUCCUUUGUUGCUGCGUCUGUCUCCUUGGAAGCUGCGGCUGCUGCAGCAGACACUGACGGGGAUGAGUGGCAUGGCAGCAGCAGCAGCAGCAGCAGCAGCUGCUGCUGCUGCUGCUGCUGCUGAUACGGGAAUAAAAAGAGAAUCAACAGGCGCUGCAGCAGAAACAACAGCAGCAGCAACAGCAGCAGCAACAGCAGCAGCAGCUGCUGAUGAAGAGACAGCACACUGGCAGCUGCUUCCUUUCAGGCUGCCCAUAACAACAGCAGCAGCAGCAGCAGCAGCAGCAGCAGCAGCAACAGCAGCAGCAGCAGAAGACCCUGAAGCGCAGGAUUGCUGCCCAUGUCUGACGCUGCGUGCUGCUGCAGCCUGCAGCAACUUCUGUGGCGAUGAAGAAAGGACAGCAGCAGCAGAAGACCCUGAAGCGCAGCAUUGCUGCCCAUGUCUGACGCUGCGUGCUGCUGCAGCCUGCAGCAACUUCUGCGGCGAUGAAGAAAGGGAUGCUGCUGCUGCUGCUGCUGCUCUCGAGCCGAUGCAGGCCGUCUGCUGCAGCGUCCCCUCAGCAGCAGCAGCAGCAGCAGCAGCAGCAGCAGCAGGCUGUGGACCAGUGGUUAACCAUUCGCAGCAGCAGCUGAAGGUACUCAUUUGCUUCCCUAUGCCGGUGCUUCUCGUAUCUGCUGCAGUUAGAACUCGCAUCAACUGCUGCCAGCAGCAGCAGCAGCAACAGCAGCAGCAGCAGCAGGAGCAGCAGCAGCAGCAGCAGCAGCAGCAGGGCUGGGGAGUGAAGCGCGUUGAGGUGUACGAUGAGCUCCGGCGCUGCUUCUCUACAGCUGCUGUUGCAGUGCCGCGUUGCAGCAGCAGCAGCUUCCUUGCUCGCCGCUUCAGGAUCACGCUGCACCAGCAGCAGCAGCAACAGCAGCAGCAGCAGCAGCAGCAGCAGCAGCAAGGACAGCAGCAGGAAGUGCUGCAGGAGCAGCUGCUGCUGCUGCAGCAGCAGCAGCAGCAGGAGCAGCAGCAGCAGCAGCAGCAGGGCUGGGGAGUGCAGCGCGUUGAGGUGUACGAUGAGCUCCGGCGCUGCUUCUCUACAGUUGCUGUUGCAGUGCCGCGUUGCAGCAGCAGCAGCUUCCUUGCUCGCCGCUUCAGGAUCACGCUGCAGCAGCAGCAGCAGCAACAGCAGCAGCAGCAGCAGCAGCAGCAAGGACAGCAGCAGGAAGUGCUGCAGGAGCAGCUGCUGCUGCUACAGCAGCAGCAGCAAGGACAGCAGCAGGAAGUGCUGCAGGAGCAGCUGCUGCUGCUGGCUGCCUGCCCGCUGCUGCGGUCUCCUCUGCGUCAGUGGCGGCUCUCGCUGCAGUGCAGCGGCUGCUGCGUGACGUUCGCGCAUGCAGCAGCAGCAGCAGCAGCAGCAGCAAGUACAGCAGCAGCAGCAGCAGCAGCAGCAAGCACAGCAGCAGCAGCAGCAGCAGCAGCAGCAGGAGCGACAGGACCGUAUCCGUUUGAUGCUGUUGGCCUUGAGGCUCCUUCUGUGGAGGCAGCAGCAGAGGGGUUUCAGCUGUCGCUGCAGCAACUCUCAUCUGCUGCUGCUUCUGCUGCUGCUGCUGCUGCUGCGCCUGCUGCUGCUCUUGCUGCAGCAGGGGGUGUUGCGCUGCUGCUGCAGCUCAACCAGCUCAGGGCGCGGGUGCAGCACCCGUCGACUCUACAGCCGCUGCAGCUGCUGCACUGUCCUGCUGCCACACUGCAAGUAGCAGCAGCAGCAGCAGCAGCAGGAGCAGGAGCAGCAGCAGCAGCAGCAGCAGGGCGUAUCUCGCUCCAUCCUGUGCUGUCGCGGCUGCUGCCAGGCAGCGUUGCAGUGGGUUUGCUGCUGCAGCAGCAGCUGACCAUACACCUCGACGCUCUGCGUCUGUGGCGAGCAGCAGCAGCAGCAGCAGCUGCUGCUGCUGCCUUCUCUGAGGACGAAUGCGCCAGCCCUCAGCAGCAGCAGCAACAGCAGCAGCAGCAGCAGCAGCAGCAGCAACAGGAAGAGGCUGCUGCAGCUGCCACGCUGCAGCUGAUGGCGCCGCAUGCACCGCUGCUGCUGGAGAGCAGCAGCAGCAGCAGCAGCAGCUGCUGCUGCCUUCUCUGA